UGGGGUGUUUCCUAUCUGUAGGUGUCCUCUAGUGAUGAACUGAUGCAAGUUUUUUCCGUCCAGAUGAGGGCGCCACUGUCACCCACUCAAGACUCUUGCAGCAGUCAGCCAGAAAAUGGGCCAGAAUCUGAUUUAUUACCAGACCACUCAUAUAUGCCUCAGCCAAAGCUCUCCAGCGCUCAGAUCAUCUCCAUGUUCGCCACACAACCAGUAGGGGGCUCUCCAUAUACCACUCCACCAUAUCCUCCUACUGCCAUGCCGACUUUCCAGAGGCCCCCAGUGGCAAGCCAUGGGAUGGCGCCCUGGCCCACCACGUCUAACAGCAUGGCAGUUUGGCCACCAGGAGGUUUUAUAGCGCCGCCUAUAGCGAAUGGAAUGAUAAACAUUCAACCAGGUGUCCUGUGGGGAGGAGUUUCACCCACUGAUGUCAAUGGGCUCUCCAACUCUGUAAACACUGUUAAUACCUCAACUGCACCACCAGGGGGCUUCGUAUCAGAGUCUCCAAGUUUAAACGCAAAUCUUCUCCUGUGAUAAAAACCGCGAUGUUUAGAUCGACCAGCGUCCUUAAACUUCAUCCAACAUCGAACCAAUGAUUUUUAUCGUGCAGCAGAUUGAAAGAACAAAACUUUCAAAUUUUACGUAUAGAGAUUUAAUCAAAUUAUGCCACUUCUUAAAAUCUGUUUUUCGUGUUUCUUUGCAUGAACACAUUUUUCUCAAUAAAACACAACUAUCUUGGAAUAAAAAAAACAUUUAAGUAAUAAUAAUAAAAACAGAAACAGUUCUAUAAAUUUUACAAUCAUUCUUUUAUUUACAUUAACAGAAAAAGUUGUUUUCUAUGACAGCUAAAAAUUGGUUUUAGUGACAACACCAGGUGAACGAUGAUGCUAACUUCAGACAAAAUAAGACAGGAAGUGGGUUUUUUUUAUCCUACCAAAACCAACGCGUUCCAACAAUGGCAGCGCUGUAGCUUAGACAGCAGUUUCCUGUCUCAGUGUGUGACAUGUUGUGAAGCCGUCUCCUGACCAGAUUGUUGAACUUGGAAGACGUCAGACUGGUGUAAACACCACCAACAUGGAGGAGAUCCAGGAUUUCAGGGCUCUGAGGGCUCGCUUCAACAACAAAGUCCUCACUCCAGCAACCAGCAGCAGCCAAGAGAGCAGCUCACCAGUGUCUCCACUAAAACCUGCUUUUGGGAAAGGGAUCUUUCCAGUGAUGGAGAACAACCUUCCCCACCAAAGAAUGUUUCCGAUUUCUCCUUCUACUUCAUCGACUGGCCAGAACAGACAGACACCGUUCCUGGGUGCGGAGCCAGUGGCCUCCUCCUCCUCCUCCUACUCUUCCUCUAUAGCUCCCAGAACUCAUUCACUCCCUCGAGCUAUGUCUUAUUCUGGAUUUAAAGCAACCAACCACUCUCCAGAUUUCAGCAGGGUCACGCAAACCAGCAAACAGAACAUGAUGCCGAGGAACCAGAGACCCGCUGCCUUGAAACCAGCCCUUACUCCACCUCUUGGUUCUGCCCGGAGCCCUGCUGUCACUCCAACCUCUACGCCUGUGCCCCACAGACAGCAGCAGAGACAGAGGAGCACAGGGGAGGUCACCCCGCUGAGGAGAGCCCUUCCCCCUGAGAAACCCCUUCCACUGAAGCCUAAACGGCCUCCAAAUGUCAACCUAGAGGCCUUCAAGAAGAUCACCCACAGACCUGGUCCGUCAGCGAACAACAGAUGUGACACUGGAUCUUUGUCUGCACCAGAAAGAAAGGCGUCACUGCCAGCAGUGAGUAGUUUCCCAAAACUGUCAAAAACACCCAACAGACUCAGCAGGCUGCCACACCAGAUUGCUGCUAUAAACAUAGACGACGAUCAGGAAAUGUAUGAUGACAUUGGAAGUUUUGAGAGAAACGAUUCAUGGAACGACAGGGAUUCACAAGGUGUGGGCAGAGAUGAUAAUGAUGAUGAUGAUGAUGACGAUGAUGAUUUGUACGAGUCAGUUGAUGUGGAUGAGAAGGAAUCGAACCAGGUUAGUGUUGAGAAGAUGAGCAAGAAGGAAGUCAAGAAGUAUCAGCAGCAGGAGAGGAAAGAAAAAAUGGAACAACAGAAAAGAGAGAAAGAGCUGAGGAAGAACUUCAUGUUGCAAGGGGAGAUUGAAGUUCUUCAUACAGCCAAAGUCCGACACGACUGGCACGGAGGAGGAAAACUGGACCUGGAUGUACGACAAGGUGAAAGUGUGGAGAUCCUUCGAGUGAACAACAACCCAGGAGGAAAAUGGUUGGCACGCUCUCUCAGUGGAAACUAUGGAUACAUCAGCAACACAUGUGUGGACAUUGACUGUGAGGCAGUGAAGCGUAAAGUGCUGCAGUCCAAACAAACAGACGUGUCAGAUUUACCUCCACCUCCUCCUGACCCUCCACAGAUUGCACGCAUGGACUUCAACAACUCAGACAACAUGAGUGACAACGACGACGACUAUGACGACGUUCAACCAGUAAAUGAAGAUUUCCCUCCACCGCCACCUGAAUUCAGCGUAGAUCCCAAAAUAGAGAAAGCAUUCAGAAAAAAAUUUAAGUACGACGGACCAAUCAGAGUGUUGCAAAGACUUAUGGUGGAUCCUAAAGGCGUCAUUAAAAAGUCGGGAGGUAAAGACCUGCCUGUGUGUCAGGGAGAAGUCCUGGAUGCCAUUCAGUUCACCAACAGCAAGAAAGUUCUGUGCCGCAACAGGUUUGGAAAAUAUGGAUAUGUAUCCAGAUCCCUUCUGCUUCCCAUGGAAGGAGAAAUAUAUGAUGAUGUUGAUCAUUCCAACGAUGUUUAUGACAACGAUUAUCCUUUCACUGACCAUUAACAUCACAAACUGAACACACAGACAAACACACAACGUCGUUUAGUGAGAAAAUCUGCUUGUAAAGAAAUACAAAGAAAACACACUAUUACUGCCAUAUUGUAAUUUUCUUGAUUUCUUUGAUAACUUAAAAUAAAGUUGUUUUUUUUUAUU